AAGUGCAUGCGAAAUAAAAUAAAAAUACUAGUUUUUGCAGUGUAAAAAUAAAUUAUCAUUUUGCAAUGCCUUUGAAUUACAAAAAUAAAUUGACUGUCUCUGUUAUUUAUAUUGAAAUGGAAACGUUCUGUGUCAUAAAGCGCUCGUUCUAAGUUCAUAAGUAGUGGCUUCAGAAAAUACACAAAUAUUUCGUCUUAAUUAGUUUUGUGGUGUGAUGUUUCGAAGUAGGAGCUGGUUUGGGGGUGGAUGGGGUCGCCCCAAGAACCCCCAUUCAUUGGAAAGGCUCAAAUAUCUACAUAAUAUACUUUGUAAGAAUACAACUGUGUCUGAAAGUAAUCGUGGCAUAUUGGUGGAAUCCUUAAGGUGUAUUGCUGAAAUUCUAAUAUGGGGAGAUCAAAACGACAGUUCAGUGUUUGACUUUUUUCUCGAAAAGAAUAUGUUAUCAUAUUUUCUUAGGAUAAUGAGGCAAAAAUGCGGAGGAUCUUCCUAUGUAUGUGUACAAUUACUACAGACACUUAAUAUUUUAUUUGAAAAUAUAAGGAAUGAAACAUCACUAUAUUAUUUAUUGAGCAAUAACCAUGUCAACUCAAUAAUUGUACAUAAAUUUGAUGUUUCCGACGAAGAAGUUAUGGCAUACUACAUUUCAUUUUUAAAAACGCUCAGUUUGAAAUUAAAUAAUCACACAAUUCACUUUUUUUACAAUGAGCACACUAAAGACUUUCCACUGUAUACAGAAGCAAUAAAAUUCUUCAACCACCCUGAAUCUAUGGUUCGCAUAGCCGUCCGUACCCUUACAUUAAAUGUUUACCGAGUUCAGGAUGCCAGUAUGUUACGGUUUAUAAGAGAUAGAACUGCAGCACCAUACUUUAGUAAUUUGGUAUGGUUUAUUGGCAAACAUAUCUUGGAGCUAGAUGCCUGCGUAAGAAACGAUGCUGAACGUCUCUUUUUCAGCCAUCAAUCGCAGCAAAAGCUGGAUGACCUGGUCGCUGAACAUUUAGACCACUUGCACUAUAUCAAUGAUAUUCUAUGUCUCAACAUUCCAGAUCUUAACGAUGUUUUAACUGAACAUCUGCUGCAUAAACUUCUAAUACCGUUAUAUAUUUAUUCUUUGACAUCGGAAUCUAUUAAGCGUCCUUCUACCUCUUCACCGUAUAACCGCGAUCAUAUUCAAAGUAUAGAAGUAAUUACGAGAAAUUUAGAAGCGAUUCUGUCCGGCCGAAGCUCCGAUACUCCUCCCCGUUUGAAAUAUCCAAUACAGAAAUUGGACUCUGAGGAUGACUCAAAACCUUCCGUCUCUUGCGUUGUCUCUCUAUUUCUUCUAUCUCAAGUAUUCCUAAUCAUCACUCACGGCCCAAUAGUUCACGCCCUAGCUUGGAUCAUUAUACAAUCUGACUUAUCGAUAUUUGACGAAGGGGCUAUGAAAAUUCUAGAAACCUAUGUCAGUACAGCAAAAUCCAAUGUCAAAUUGGAGUUUUCAAAACCCCAGCUGAGCUUGGAAAAGGCUUUAGAAUGUUCGACCUGCCAUGAUAGAGAUUAUACGACCCCGGAGUAUAGUGGGGCCAAAGCUUUUGGCUACGAAACAGACCAUUCCAGCUGUGAUCUUGAUCCAGAAUUGGUGUCGAAUUCACUUCCGUCCACUUCCCAUAUAAGCGAAACGUCAAGUAUCGCCCACGACUCAACAGAAGACUUAGUCACUCAAGUACAAUCGAUUAAAUCGCCCGUCAAAGAAAAUAUGCCUGAUUCACCUCUCCCAGAUUCAGGUAUAGACUCAACCUCCUCAAAGACAAUGUCAGAUCUCAAUAAUAUAACGGACGAAGAGAAGCAGCAAUUACUCGUCUCGUUAACAAAUACAGAAAAAACAUUGACACUAGAAAAUAUCAUAGACAAAGAGAAGAGAGACAUAGAUAAUAAACCGUUUCUAAAGACUAUUUUAGACUCGUUGGAUUGCAAUGAAGAUGAUUAUAAAGCGUUGUUUGCACUGUGUUUGUUGUAUGCUCUCAUUAAUAACAAAGGUGUGAGCAGCGACCUCCUUGACACUUUACUAAAAUCUGAAAUAGACGACAGUGGGAAGGUUAUAAAUGAAAGUCGAGAUGAAAAUGAAGGUCAAGAACACCAGACGAAACCGAAAGAUCAUUUCAACGCCCUGUUGGUCGCCAAGUUGAUGUCCAUAGCCCAUCUUAGCUGUAAACCAGCUUCAAAAGUCCGUCUCGUGACCUGUGAAAUAACGGCUCGUCUACUAAAGAUAGCUAUGGAAGGAUCUAGUGGAGUACCAAGUGCAAGGCAUUUAUCGGCUGCGGACAAUCUACGCGCACGCUCGGCGGCAUUGGCCAGGAAUUUCUAUAAAUGCGACGAUAUUUUCCUAGACAUGUUCGAAGAUGAGUAUUGUGAGAUGUGCAAACGACCGCUCAACGUCGAAUGGCUAUGCAUGGAUGCGGCCAUCUUGUUGCCGCCAACAAAGACCCCGAUGUCUGGAAUCGCAUUCGAAAAGAGGUUGCCCAGUGGCGAGAUGGAACGAGCGCGUCGUGCUAUUCGUACGUUCUUCCUUAUACGUGAACUGUACCUAAAGCUCUCUGGCAAACAAGAAACUCAGUUGCCGCUCGCUAAUCAUGCACCGUUCGUACAAGUUGGCAAGACUUUGGAUCUCAAUGACUCCGAUUUAAUAUCCUGUGAUAUAACUCAAAAGGAUGGAACAUGGCAACACCGGUUUCUAGCAGUAGACAAUAUUCAGAUAAUUUUAGUGGAACCAGACAAACAAAAACUUGGCUGGGGUGUCGCCAAACUUGUUGGGAGUUUGCAGGAUUUGGAGAUAACAGGUGAUAAAGAGGACCCCAGAUGUCUACAUCUCACAAUUCAUAAGCCCCGGGUUGGAUCAACUGGGGUCUCACCCCGAACUGUGUUGCUGAGAGCAAAGUUUAAAUUUGAUGACCAUAUACGGAGUAUGGCAGCUAAACAACGGUUAACUAAGGGUCGGACGAAAGCCCGCCAAAAGAAAAUGCAACAAAUAGGCCGAUUGCUUGAAGUGUCGGGAAUAUCUGCGCCAGCCGUUGCUCCGAGACACAGGCCUUUGUUCGCAAGACCAUCACUAAGCACCGUUAGGAGGCAUUCUGGCAUAGAUGGUGAUGAAACAGAUCGACGUAUACGUCGUCCCAGCGGGCACGUGCUAAAAGAUGGCGUCAUUGUAUACCGUGAACGUACAACUAUGAGCAGAGACAGCAGUGUGUCCCGCGGCAGCAGUGGCAAGGUGUCGCGCGAGGGAUCGCAGGAGGAGAUCCCUCUCGAGGAUAUCCGUAACCCUUCACACUCUGCCACGCCCUCUACCAGCCGACAGCAGAGUACUCCAAGCACAUCUCAGCUUCCGAAAGUUUCUCGUACACCGUCAGAAGAAACAUCGUUCAUUUCGGGUGAGAGCAGACCCAAAAGGAAAGGUAUCAUUGAAACUAUUUGAUAUCGACACGAUCUAUUUUGGGACAUCCAUUAAAGGGUAUAAGAACUACAUUUUCCAAUUAUUUUUUAUCAUAAGACUAAGUACAUUCUUGAUAAUAACUGAAGCACCUUUUAAGUACGUUCAUCUCUUUCUGUCAGUUUGAGUUCACUCUGUGAUAAAAAGAGACGGAUGAAUUAAAUUAGGAAUGUUUUUUUCGUCUCACUUCAUGUUGUUUUUAGAUAAAUUAAAUUUAUAUUUUUUAUUAAACUAUUCAACUUCAAUUGUCAAAAACUAUAUAAAGUAAUAUUCAAUACGCUGUAU